AUGAGUGGAAGAGGAAGUGGAGGGCAGCAGCAGCUGCUGCACUCAAAGUUUCUGGCUGGGUUUGUCUGCCACAUUGAAAAGAAUGAAAGUCAGCGUGGGAGACAUUGUAACGAGAAACCAACAAAUGUCAGGAAAAGAAAAUUCAUUAACAGAGAUCUGGCUCAUGAUUCAGAAGAACUCUUUCAAGAUCUAAGUCAAUUACAAGAAACAUGGCUUGCAGAAGCUCAAGUACCUGACAAUGAUGAGCAGUUUGUGCCAGACUAUCAGGCUGAAAGUUUGGCUUUUCAUGGCUUACCACUGAAAAUCAAGAAAGAGCCCCAUAGCCCAUGUUCAGAACUUGGCUCUGCCUGCAGUCAAGAGCAGCCCUUUAAAUUCAGCUAUGGAGAAAAGUGCCUGUAUAAUGUCAGUGCCUAUGAUCAGAAGCCACAAGUGGGAAUGAGGCCCUCCAAUCCCCCAACACCAUCCAGCACUCCAGUGUCCCCACUGCAUCAUGCGUCUCCAAAUUCAACUCACACUCCUAAACCAGACCGGGCCUUCCCAGCUCAUCUCCCUCCAUCGCAGUCCAUCCAAGAUAGCAGCUACCCCAUGGAUCACAGAUUUCGUCGCCAGCUUUCUGAACCCUGCAAUUCCUUUCCUCCUUUGCCAACAAUGCCAAGGGAAGGACGUCCUAUCUACCAACGUCAGAUGUCUGAGCCAAACAUCCCCUUCCCACCUCAAGGCUUUAAGCAGGAGUAUCAUGACCCAGUGUAUGAACAUAACACCAUGGUUGGCAGUGCUGGCAGCCAAAGCUUCCCUCCUCCUCUGAUGAUUAAACAGGAACCCAGAGAUUUUGCAUAUGAUUCAGAAGUGCCUAGCUGCCACUCCAUUUAUAUGAGGCAAGAAGGUUUUCUGGCUCAUCCCAGCAGAACAGAAGGUUGCAUGUUCGAAAAGGGUCCUAGGCAAUUUUAUGAUGACACUUGUGUUGUCCCAGAGAAAUUUGAUGGGGACAUCAAACAAGAGCCAGGAAUGUAUCGGGAAGGACCGACAUACCAGCGGCGGGGCUCCCUUCAGCUCUGGCAGUUCUUGGUAGCUCUUCUGGAUGACCCUUCGAAUUCCCACUUCAUUGCCUGGACUGGCCGAGGCAUGGAAUUUAAACUGAUUGAGCCUGAAGAGGUGGCCCGGCGUUGGGGCAUUCAGAAAAAUAGGCCAGCUAUGAACUAUGAUAAACUUAGCCGUUCACUCCGCUAUUAUUAUGAGAAGGGAAUCAUGCAAAAGGUGGCUGGAGAGAGAUAUGUCUACAAAUUUGUGUGUGAUCCAGAAGCCCUUUUCUCCAUGGCCUUUCCAGAUAAUCAGCGCCCUCUGCUGAAGACGGACAUGGAGCGUCACAUCAAUGAAGAGGACACAGUGCCUCUUUCCCACUUUGACGAGAGCAUGGCCUACAUGCCCGAAGGUGGCUGCUGCAACCCCCACCCUUACAGUGAAGGCUACGUGUAUUAA